GUGAUGUUUGGCUUCUGGAUGGAUGAAAGACCCGGUAGGGCUGCCUUAUCGCCCAUCAGAAUGCGGGGGAAGCUGCACUCGUGCACUGCGAUGCCUUCUUAUUCAUUCGUUCGUCGUGCGUCAUGAUGGGGACGUGGCGCGGGGCAAUCCUCCCUAUAUAAAGCCCCCUCCAGACCAACGCAAAGGGGACCGCUUGACCCCAGACUGACUGCAGCUGACUAUCUACCUGUACAGUCUACCUGUGUGACCCUCAACCACUCAACAACACCACCAUGGUCGGAGUCCUCCAGGAAACCAUCACCGUCAGCGACGGCCCCCUCACCAGCUCGAACGCCGCCCUCCUGCGGCCGUCCGACCCCAACCUGCCCCUGGAGGAACUCCGGCAGCGCUACGAGGCCGACGGCUACCUCUUCCUAAAGCAGGUGAUCCCGCGGGCGGACGUGCUCGAGACCCGGCGCCGGUACUUCGCCUACCUGGCGCCGACGGGGGUGCUGAAGGAAGGGUCGGACCCGGUGGAGGGGAUCUUCAACCCGAGCAAGUCGGCGGACGACUUCCCGGGCAUCGGGGCGGCCAGCGUCGCGGGCAACGGGCGGCCCGGCGGCGACAGCGCGGCCGAGUUCGUCGACCGCGCCAUCGAGGCCCACUACAAGGACUGGUACGUCGACCAGCUCUGCAACCACCCCGCCCUGUACGCCUACGUCGCCAACUUCACCGGCUGGGGCGCCAACACCCUCACCUUCAAGCGCACCCUGCUGCGCAACAAUACCCCGGGCACCAAGCCCAUCGGCGUGCACUACGAUCAGAUCUUCAUUCGCCACGGGGAGCCCACCAGUGUCACGGCCUGGGUGCCGAUCGGCGAUGUGAAGAUCAACGGCGGAGGGUUGAUUUAUCUGGAAGAUAGUGAUUCGGUGGGCAGAAAGAUCGAGGACGACUUCACAGUCAAGGCCAAGCAGGCGGGGCUGUCGGACGAAGAGGCCCGGUCGGCCUUCAACUCGAACAUGACCGCCAACGCACUGCUGUCGGAUGCGCCGGCCGAGUUCGCCAAGGAACACGGUCGUCGCUGGCUGGUCGCGGCAUACGAAGCCGGGGACGUCGUCCUACAUAAGCCCCAUAUGAUCCACGCCUCGACCGUCAAUAAUGACCCGGAUAAUGUCAUCCGUCUGGCGACGGAUAUCCGGUUCUGCGAUUCGUCGAAGCCGUACGAUAAGAGAUGGAUGAAUUUCUAUCGGUUCAACGAUGGUGUCUAGCGCUGGUUUGCGAGAUCCUGAGCCAAAAUUGUGGAGGUCGUGUAGUUUCUUAAGUGAUGAUGCGAUGAAAUUGUAGACUGCAAGAACGAACGCCUUCUGUAGGCAAAUUGGGAAUAUGGAAGCAACGCAAUGAAUGUAUUCUGUGUCAUUCUCCCCAUCUAGUCAUGCUGCCGAAGCUUCCCUAUGUUCCGCUUGCAUUCUCAUCGUCCCCACCGUC